UCCUGCCUUUUUAAUUACCAAACUUCCCUCAGUUUUCAAUGAAUCAAUUCAAAGAAAGAAUGCAGUCUUUCUAUACCUGACUCAAGAAUGAACAGUCCGUCAGAAACCAGUAAACCAUCUAUGGACAGUGAAGAUGGCAGCAGAGGCACACAAACCAAUGGUUUGGACUUUCAGAAGCAGCCUGUGCCUGUCGGAGGAGCAAUCUCAACGGCCCAGGCCCAGGCUUUCCUUGGACAUCUCCAUCAGGUCCAGCUCGCUGGAACAAGUUUGCAGGCUGCCGCUCAGUCUUUAAAUGUACAGUCUAAAUCUAAUGAAGAAUCCGGGGAUUCACAGCAGCCAAGCCAGCCUUCCCAGCAGCCUUCAGUGCAGGCAGCCAUCCCCCAGACCCAGCUUAUGCUGGCUGGAGGACAGAUAACCGGGCUGACUUUGACGCCAGCCCAGCAGCAGUUACUCCUGCAGCAGGCACAGGCGCAGGCUCAGCUGCUCGCUGCUGCAGUGCAGCAGCACUCCGCCAGCCAACAGCACAGCGCUGCUGGGGCCACCAUCUCAGCCUCCGCCGCCACGCCCAUGACGCAGAUCCCCCUGUCCCAGCCCAUACAGAUUGCACAGGAUUUGCAACAGCUGCAACAACUUCAGCAGCAGAAUCUCAACCUGCAACAGUUUGUGUUGGUGCAUCCGACCACCAACUUGCAACCAGCGCAGUUUAUCAUCUCACAGACGCCCCAGGGCCAGCAGGGCCUCCUGCAAGCGCAGAAUCUUCUAACGCAACUACCUCAGCAAAGCCAAGCCAACCUCCUGCAGUCGCAGCCGAGCAUCACCCUCACCUCCCAGCCAGCAACCCCAACACGCACAAUAGCAGCAACCCCAAUUCAGACACUUCCACAGAGCCAGUCGACACCAAAGCGAAUCGAUACCCCUAGCUUGGAGGAGCCCAGUGACCUUGAGGAGCUUGAGCAGUUUGCCAAGACCUUCAAACAAAGACGAAUCAAACUUGGAUUUACUCAGGGCGAUGUCGGGCUCGCGAUGGGUAAACUCUAUGGAAAUGACUUCAGCCAGACUACCAUCUCUCGCUUUGAAGCCUUGAACCUCAGCUUUAAGAACAUGUGCAAGUUAAAGCCACUUUUGGAGAAGUGGCUAAAUGAUGCAGAGAACCUCUCGUCUGAUUCGGCGCUCUCCAGUCCAAGUGCCCUGAGCUCUCCAGGGCUGGGGAUUGAGGGCUUGAACCGCAGGAGGAAGAAACGCACCAGCAUAGAGACCAACAUCCGUGUGGCCUUAGAGAAGAGUUUCCUGGAGAAUCAAAAGCCUACCUCGGAAGAGAUCACCAUGAUUGCUGAUCAGCUCAAUAUGGAAAAGGAGGUGAUUCGUGUUUGGUUUUGUAACCGUCGCCAGAAAGAAAAAAGAAUCAACCCACCAAGCAGUGGUGGGACCAGCAGCUCACCUAUCAAAGCAAUUUUCCCCAGCCCAACCUCACUGGUGGCAACCACGCCAAGCCUUGUGACGAGCAGUGCAGCAACUACCCUCACUGUCAAUCCAGUCCUCCCUCUAACCAGCGCCGCGGUAACCAAUCUCUCUGUUACAGGCACUACAGACACCGCCUCCAACAGCACUGCAACCGUGAUUUCCACAGCACCGCCAGCUUCCUCAGCAGUCACCUCCCCCUCUCUGAGUCCCUCUCCUUCUGCCUCAGCCUCCACCUCCGAGGCAUCUAGUGCCAGUGAGACCAACACAACACAGACCACCUCCACUCCUUUAUCCUCUCUUGGGACCAGCCAGGUGAUGGUGACGGCGUCAGGGUUGCAAACAGCAGCGGCUGCCGCCCUCCAGGGAGCGGCACAGUUGCCAGCAAACGCCAGUCUUGCUGCCAUGGCUGCCGCUGCAGGACUAAACCCAGGCCUGAUGGCACCCUCACAGUUUGCUGCUGGAGGUGCCUUACUCAGUCUCAACCCAGGGACCCUGGGCAGCGCUCUCAGCCCAGCUCUGAUGAGCAACAGUACCCUGGCGACUAUUCAAGCUCUUGCUUCGGGUGGCUCUCUUCCAAUAACGUCACUGGAUGCAACUGGGAACCUGGUAUUUGCCAACGCAGGCGGAGCUCCCAACAUCGUGACUGCCCCUCUGUUCCUGAGCCCUCAGAACCUCUCUCUGCUCACCAGCAGCCCAGUUAGCCUGGUCUCCGCCGCCGCGGCCUCCGCAGGGAGCUCUGGGCCUGUCGCCAGCCUUCACGCCGCCUCGACCUCAGCUGAGUCCAUCCAGAACUCUCUCUUCACGGUGGCCUCUGCCAGUGGGGCUGCCUCCACCACCACCACCGCCUCCAAGGCACAGUGAUCGGCGCUGAGCGUGGAGUGGCUGCCUCCAGCCCUCGUCACUUGCAGCGCCAUUGGGCUGCCAGCCAGGCUGAGACUGGAGGAGGUGAUCGGCUUCCUCUUGGCGUGUUGCGAGAGCAAGGGAGAGAAGAAAAACACGUACCAGAAGAAAGAGGAUGGAGACGGGACAACAUUUGCCUAAUUUUAUAAUAAAACACUGUCUUUUCAGGAUUGCUUAAUGGAUUGGAGAACUUUCUAACCAAAAAUUAAAAAAAAAAAAUGCAGAAACAAAAAAUCAAAAACAAACAAACAAAAAAAUAAGUGAAAGGACUACUUAUCAUUUCCAGCAGUCAUGAUGACAAGUUAAGGUGGGUUACCAAUUCCAAUAUAGGAAGGGAAUUUCUUGUUUGUCUAAAUUUCUUUUUUUCUUAAAAAAAAAUCAUUUUUAUGGGUCUGUUGUACAGGCCAUUAAGUCAUAACAAGGUGUUUAUAAUCAUAUCAAUUGUGUUGGGGGUUCCUUUCUUAACUGGUACAAUUUAGGCAGGCCUGUAUUACUGUAUCUCUAUUAUUAUUGUUGUGGUGGUUGUUUUUAUAUAUAUAUAGUUUGACAUGUUUAUCUCUCGCUCCUGGAUCCUACUUCAGUGAGCUCCCACACUGUGGGGAGGGCGGUUUCGGGGUAAGGGGGACUUACGUUCUUAACUGCGGCGAAAGUUCUUGCUGGUUUCCUUAUCCUUGAUGACUCUUACAGAGGUGCUAGAAAAUUAUUUUCUUUUGCCACUUAUGCAAGAGGCUUGGUGCAGAAGCUGAAGGCAGUGUAUGCACACACUCCCGCUCCACACACGCCCCUCCCGCAUCAGGCGGUGCCUUCGGAGCACUUUUGCGUAGGAAGGAAUUCCUGCUGAACUGUGGCUCUCGCUCCCCGAUCGUUGUCGACCCCAGGCCCAGAUCCCGUGGUGCAGCAGUGCCGCUGCCUCUGAGGGCACGGCCGCACUGCUGCGGGCAGGGUGUGGUUCCGAAGAGCAAAGACUACUGCAGACACCUGACUUGGUGGUUCUCUUGAUUUCUUAUCUCCUGAAAAAUGCUCCUACUGUUAGUGUGUUUGUUUGUUUUUUCCAUUUUGUGGAAGUUUUUCAUCCAAACUUCCUUUAACUUACUUGGCAAAGAACAAAUUGACUUACUGAAAUUGGGAAGCUUUUCCCUUCUUUUGUUGUCUAAAGGAACUCUGCUAGACUAUUUUCCGUCAAUUGUAUGUCACCAAAAGAGGUGUGAUCAGGGGAGUCUGAGGUUGCCCCCUUUCCUCUGGCCGCAGACUUCCUGUUCACCGCUGGCUUCUGAAUCCCUCUCCCCCUGAGGCUCCACUUGGUUCUCCGACUGGAGAAGGCGCUUGGCCGGGCCUGGGAUCCGUGGAACCUUUGAAGGACUUUGAGCAGGAACUUUGCACACGCCUCAAGUGUCUCCAGUUUGUUAGUGACGCUCCUGCUAGGUCGGUCUAAACGGCAAUACACAUAGAAAGGGAUUAGCUUCUGUCAUUGUUUUCAGGGUGUUUCUAGACUAUGUAAAUGAGCCCGUGAAAAGGAAGAGUUUAUGAAGGUAGAUGAAGAGGAAUGAGGGUGACUUGGAAAUUAGAUUCGCUUUCUCAUCAGUAUGCUAUUGUUACAGUAUCUGUACCCAAAACAUUCCCGAUGGACUGGAUCACUGCAGUGCAGCCCUUCUGAGCUCCCCUUCUGCUCGGAGUUCGGGGCUCCCCUUGGCGUCUGUGGGUGCUCGCUUACCUCUCCAGUGGUCCUGAGAUGGCACUUUCCCCCCUUUCGAGCUGGGGGCUGAGAGAGCGCUUUCAGGGGAUUUUCGUUCUAAUUGCUCUGCUUGUGUCCACAAGGGAGCUUGGGUUCUGUGUGGCUGUCUCUUCACAGUCUUGGGAAAGGCAAUGAUACAGACACAAUGUGUAAUUUUGUUUGUGGUCAUCCAAGCGGGAGACAGGCACAUGAAUAUUAAAAGGCCAGAAACAUUUUAGUCCCUUGUUAAUUUUUCUUUAGUUCCUUCUGUCUUCCCAUUUUAUUUCACAAAGUAUUUAAUUACCACCCUAAAUUUCCUCUUCUCACCUUUCACCUUUCCUAAAAUCCCUCCAAAAUCAGUGAACUGCAAGCAGGGAAACUAACAAAUGUCCAUCCACCUUUUUUAUGUGUGGUGUGUUUUUUUAUGUUGGUUUUUUUUUAACCAAGCUUGAACCAAAGUCAAUUUUUAGCAAGCUGCUGUACUAAUGGACUAGUUUAUAACGUGCCGUUCAGACACAUUGAGGAGAUAGAUGCUACUGACAAUUUCUUUUUUCAUUUGUCUUUAUUAAUUUUAUAUAAAAGUUGCUGCUUGUUUUAAUCUUUUAUGUUGGUAAAUUGUAAUAUUCUCUGGGCAGACAUUAACUUGAUUUUUAGCUAGUUUAUUUAGUUUGAUGUGUAAAUAGAAUGGCAGUGUCAGUUACUAAUUUUUCUCCUCUCCAUCCUGCUAUUUCUCUGAUGUAGUUAAAUUUAAUCUUUUAUCCUGACUUGACAUCUCUACCUUUAGUCUGUGCAAAUGAGUUUAGGGCUGUCAAUAAUACUGUAGCUGCCCAUCAUAAUGAGUCCCUUCUCUUGGGAGUGGUAAGUGAGGAAGAAGGAUUCAGGGAGGGAAAUGCUGAUACCCACGAUCCUGGAGUAGAGGUUAUAGCAUUAAUUUCCCAAAACUGCUACCAAAGGAAGUGUCGAGUCCUAAGGGACUCAAGUCGAGUGGAUUAAGAGGACGGGCAAGGAAAGACUCUCUUUGUUUGUUUUCCUCUGUGGUUCAAAAGAUGCUUUCUCUCCCAAAGAAGAUUCACCAACAGACUUUAAUAUUUAAAAAGAUACUAAGCUUCCAGUGCCAGUACAGUGGCCUUCUACUCCCUGCCCUGUCUGCAUUCUCUAGUCAAUUUGGGAUAAGGAGAUUCUGCCAUUUUGUGGGUGUGGAUCACUUUAUGAGGAUAAACCUUAAACCAGCAUAAAAAUCUGUGUUUAAAAGAAUAAAUCCUUAGACAGAGGUAACUUUAAAAUUUUUUCUCUUUUUUCUCUUAUUUAAAAACAAGUUAUGAAAUGAAAGGUACCUUUAUACAUGUGUACACGAAACACUAAAACAGUUGUUGAUGGGUGUUUAGCUCAAAAUCAACUCCCCAUCAUCGUCCCUAGAUAUUCUGCUGAUCACAUUGCUUCAUGACUCAAACGGUAGUCCUUUUUUACUCUAUAUCAUCUUUUUUAUCAUCUCAAGAAGUGGUUUUGGAAUUGAAUGGAUCUCCUAAGCUAGGGUACUCAGACUUAACUUUUAGCCACCUUAUAUGGGAGAGUCUGGAAGUUAAGGGGGCCUUUUGACCAUCUGAGUUUCUGUAUUUCUAAGAGGAAGGGCCAGUUAGGUCAUCACAGUUCAUUGUGUCGUUCUUCUUUUUUCCCCCUUAAUGUUUAUGCAAUUUUUAUUUCAUCCCUGAAUUUGGUUAACAUGUAUUAAGCCAAAGACUGAUUCUAAAUGCAUUUAGCAGUGACUGUAUCUGCCCAUGGUAAUGGGCCUCCCUAGGAGUGGUGAAUGUAAUUGAGUCCUGCUUAUCACAGGCAGUGCAGUUUGGUCAAGAACUUUAUUUAUACCCUGUAUAAAUCUGAAGGACGGAGCAGAAAGACCUUUAGAAAAGGGCUUCUCAUAGGAACAAUAUUAUUGUUCCUGAUUUAAGAAAUAAGAUGAGUGCUAUAUUAGUUUAGAUGUUUCUGAAGUUACAUAGGCAGUUUUUUAGAAUUUAAAAAAUGUUCAUAUCCAUUACCUGAUAUAAUACACACUUUUAUUUAUUUGACAAGAAAGAUCAGUACCAUCCCAAUUUACUCAGCUUAUUACUCGAGAAAUGGAACCAAAGGAAUCCACCUUCCAUUUUGUGUAGGGUGGUACCUGCCUGUGCUUCAUGGUAGUGUUAUUAGAAAUAAACAGCCUUUUUUUUUUUAAGGGGAAAAUAAGAUUAAAAGGUUCUUAGUGAGAUAUCUUGCCAAUUUGUUCUAUAUAAUUCAUUCAUUGUUGGGGAAAAAAGCACAAUUAAUACCUCUUUUCUAUGUUAUUUUGUCCUGUUGUCCCUCAUUUAUUUGGGAAGGUGGGGAGAAACCUUGUCUAUAUUAUCCAGAAGCACAGAUAUUUGUUUGACACAAUAUUUAAAUUCAGCCCAAUCUUUAAUAUUAAAUUUUCUAUUUAAAUUGCUGGGAAAGCUGGACACCUUUGCAAUUAUAGGAAAAUAAUGUAGAUUUCUAAAGUUAUAAGUCCUGAUAAAACACUGCAAUUAAUGUCUAAUAAACACUUGGCUUACAGAAGAAACUCUCUGUAGUUCAUAGUCUAAAGUUGUUCCCAAACCAUGUCAUCGUCACAAAACUUCCUUUACCAAGAAAAAAGUAAAAUGUUUGAGACAGGAAGAGAGGGGAGAAGCAUGGACAGGGAGAAGUCAGUGAGCUCUGAGCAUCAGGGCUGGGGAUGGGGAGGCCAGUGGUACGUGGUACCUGGUUGGGACCUGCUGCUGGCAAUCUGUUUUGACCUCGUAGGGGGUUCCCCGGAGAUCAGUCUGCAGUUUGAGAACCCUCAAUUUAAGAAGAGCCUCAACAAUUUGUUAUGAGAGUUUGGUCAAAUACUUUCUCAUUAAGUCAGGAUCUAAAAUUGAUGAAUUCAAAAUUUAUAUAUUCUUCAAACCAUGUUUAUUGGAGCUGAAAAUGUUAAAAGACUGUCAAUACUAAUGGAGAAAAAGACUAAGACCUGAAAUUUAAAAUUAUUCAAAUGCGCAAGGGUUGAUGUUGAUCAUAACCAUCUUGAGUUCAUUUCUGUAUGUGUGUGUGUGAAAAGCAUUUGAUGUGUGACAUUGUUCAUGUAAUCAUAGCUCUGGCCAUUUUGAAGUCAUUUUCAUCUUAAAACAUUUUGAGGAUGAUACCUUGUAAAAUAGUAAGUCUUUCUUAGCAUUUGCCUUCACUUUUGAGAAGGAAAAAAUCCUUUGCCAUUCCUUUAAGAAGAAUAACUAAGAUGAGCUAUUAUCCAGGUUUGCAUAGACGGUGCACACAAUACCAGUGUGAGCUUGGACAGGAAUAGAAUAAAUAAAUUCUCUCCUCAUUAAAGGCUGAUGCUAAUCCUGUUCUGCCUCAUUCUUUUCUUAGUCCAAGAGACUGAAAUGGGACACCCCUGAGGUUUCCAGUAAGAUAUCUGAAAGGAUUCCAUCAGGAGCGCAGGAAAUAUGUUUUUUCUCAGAGUUGUCCAGUUUACACCUGCGUGUCCGUAUGGUUUGUGAACUCUUGCUUUCUUCUCAGCAUCCUGAUCCAUGAGCGCUUCCUUGCUUGGCUUUCUCCUCUUGGCUUCGCGAAAUGCAGUCAGCUUGAGUGGCUCUUGAGUUGACUCUAACCUGGAUCUCCCUUCCUCUCUUCUCUUCCUUCCUCUUUGAAUGGUGUUUCCUUAAUCUGUGAGGGUGAUGCUGGUGGGUAACAGCUAGCUUCUGGCACCUUCAUAAAAUACCUCAGCAUAGCUUAGCAUUGUUGCAACUGGUUUUAAACUAAAAACCAAAUAAAUAAGUAAAAAGAAAAAAACUUUAUAAAUAGUGGAAAUAAUUCUAGCUGUAGCAUUUAGUUGAACCGAUGUUUAUUAUGAUUGAUGAACAUGAUUGAUGCUGUAUGUAUUUGGGAUCCUGCUUAUAGGUUACCGUUUAUAGGGUUAGGGAGGGUUGGGGUGGGGGAAGAGGAGAAGUUGAUUAUGUUAGAAGGAAAACCUUGCUCAUAUGUGUUUGUUUGUUUUCCUUAUAUCUGUCUUGCCAAAGGAAACUUGAUUAUCCCUGUGAUUGGGUUUGGGAUUCGUUGGCCUCUCUGUGGUCUGACCUGCAGUGCAGUGUGGUGGCAUGCAGGUUACACAUGGGUUAUCCAGUAGGUUCAGGGUCCCCUAGGGCAUUUACAUCCUUCCCAUGGCUGCCCAUGUCCCCAGACCCUGCCAGCCUCUCUGAUGAUUCAUUACCUCUGUGUGUAGCAAGAGCUUAGGCAAAGGAUGAAUGUGUGAAUGUCUGGGUGUGUCGUGGAGAAAUAGAGGCAGAAGUAGACAUGCCUCAUUUAAUUUGAAGAGGAGAGGAGAGACGAGUUUGAUGCAUCCUAAUCUAGGAACAUUAAAAUAAAACAGGUUCUUUUUGUCAGCCUCUGUCAUGUUAUUGAGUGUUGUGCUAGUAGCACAACGUUCUAAAACCCUACUUCCUUUUCUCUUGCCAACGCUAAUUCUGUCUAGACCAAAAACGCAAGCAGAAGAAAAACCAAACCAAGAAGUUGGAAGCCAGCCUGCUUCCUCACACCUGGGGUCGGGUGUGACCUUUAGGGAUUGGCUGGUUGGUGAGACUGAGGAGAGUAUUGUUGGUGGCAAUGUGAGUGAGAAAUGGUGCCAGUUUAGGAAAAAUUAAGAGCCCUUUCUGCCCAUCCUUUGGGACAGAUUUCUUGGCUUCCCGAGUUCAGAUAAAGCCUAUAUUUCCAGAAAGGCUAUUUUUAAAUAAACAGUCCAUCUCACAGAACUUAAGUGGGAUUUGGUUUGGAUACCAAAGACACUUCCAUGUCAUUGUCUAUCCUUAUGUUUGCAAAACAGGCAGAGGGAAUAGGAGAAAAGGCUGGAAUCUGGAAAAGCUUUCCUUUUGUCUCUUUCCUUUUCCUCUCCCCUCUCUUCUUCCCCCCCGCCCCGUUCUCCACUUUUUGAAGGAUGUCUCCUUGGUUAUCCUGGCUUUGGAAAGGAGACUUACUGAGUUUCACUCUGCUGGCUCCGUGAAGGUGGAUAGUCGCUCAGUGCAGCAGUAAUGUUCUUGGAAUUGCUGGGAAAUUUAGGGGAGGGAAGAAGAUGGGGGUGGAAUUCUUAUCGUUAUUUCCCUUUAUCUAACACUUAUAAAUAGAACCAGUACAGCCUGUUUGAGUUCAGGCGGUAUUUAGAUGUGCUUCUGUGCUGUCUCUGUCUGUCACGUGUAAAGGAUAAGCAUUUUCAAGAGCAGGAUGGCCUGGAAAACUAGCAGGCCUUCCUUUCCCCCCUUGGAGCUGCACUGCUCCAUGGGUUUUGUGUGUGGCUCCAGAAGCUGGGUAGUUCAUUGUUCUGGUGACUCUUGAUGGGACACAGAAAGGGAGAGGGGAACGAAACUUAAUGCUCUCUUAAUAUGCCAUCAAAAACAAUCAGGUUGCAGAACUUCAUGAAAGCUUUACUAGUCAUCUUACUGUUCUGACAUUGUGUAAAAGUGGUAUUAACAUUGUGUGACCUUUCAAAGCGCUACGUAGGUUUAUAAGUAGGUAACAGGGAUAUUGAAGAUCAGAGCACUUGAAACAAAGUUAUGGGGAAACAGGUGUGCAUGGUGGAACCUCACUUUGAGCAGGCAAGUGACACUCCCUGGGGCUCAGGAGGGAAGGUUCCGUUUGUGAUUCUUUCUGUGUCCCCGGAUCUGCCCACUCUGCGCAGAGCUCCGCCACCCAGCGCCCCUUCUGCUUCAAACCCAGGACACUGUCAGAAAGUUCACCCCAAAACUAAUUUACUGUAAAAACAUUGAGGUCUGCUGCAAAGUUCCCCGACUUUCCCUAGUUUAUUCAUCCGUCCUUGUUUCGGGCCGGCCACAGCCGCACAGAAGCAGCCUUAGGCUUCCUUCGUAACUGGGCUGCAGCGUUGGGUCCCCUAACGCUGCACCCCAAGUCUGCAGGCAGACAGCCGGCCGCAGUGCUGUUAACAAGAGGGGACAUCCAAACACUUGCUCAAAGGUGGGAUCUCCUUCGACCGAGAAAGGACAGAGGCAAGAGGAGAAAAGACUCUGCGCUCCCACCCAGCCCUCACAGUGUCUCAAGGUCUGAACGAUAGAGCAGGAAAUGAAAUGCACUUUCAGAAGCUAAAAGGACAGUUGGGAUAGGAAAGGCUGUCGUAGGCGGGGGGUGGGGGGUUGGGGGGGGGUGCCAUGUCUUUGGCUCCGACCCUGCUCUGCACAAGGCACAUACUUCUAAGAGGAGAGUGGACCACUGCCUGCCUGGUUGUGUUUAAAACGGCAGACAGUUGGGAGGGGAAAAAAGGAGGGAGCAUAUGACUUUGCAACCAUAUUAUAACAUUGGCUUUCCACAACAUAAAUGGUGUGUCUCCUGUGUCCCCUGAGUUCAGAUAAAGAGGAGAAACAGGCAUCUCCCAGCUUCUUGCCUCUGCUUGAGUGGGCACGUGUGCAUUACCCACUCCACAGAGCCUCCCUCUCCGAGGACACGCCCUCCUCCCACGGUAGACCGUGGCCCCACUUCCUCCAUCUGUGGCAGUAGCACAGGCUAGGUGAGUAAGCGUGGGGCUCCUGCCCACCACACGUCCGGGAGCUGUCGUAUACCUCAUUUCUAACUCGUGACCGAGUAACUUGCUUUAACUUUCUCUAAACCCUACAGAGUUGCCAAGUCUGCCCUCCCUCUGAGUAAUGUUGAACUCUGGCCUAUAGCAUCACGGGACCUGGAGCCUAGGGUGGGACCUCGUAAAGCCUCUGAAUGUCGCUGCUUACAAGCUACUGCAAACUGAGGGCAAAUUGCAAUCUUCUCUUUCUUUUUGUUGCAAGGGGUCUUCACAGGUCUCCUAACAUCUGCUUUCCCCAGCACCCUGCCUGGAGCGGCUGGCCAGCUCUCCGCACCCCGCCCCCUCCCACCUGUCUGACUGCUGGCUGCACAGUAACUCUUGUACUUGCCUUUCCCCCAGUGGGUGGAGGCCAUCCCUUCCCCUCUGAGGCCUCAGGGUUCUGCUUAUUUUCAGGACUUUGGGUGGAAGGGAAGACACCAAAGGCUCCCUUAAGCUGACUGCUGCGUACACAUUUCACUUUUUUCCUUUGACAUGACCAAAAAGAAAAAAUCCAAAUAUUUAAGUUUUUAUUAUUAAUGUUGUUAUUAUUUGACAAUCUUAUAUCCACCAGGCUCUCUAGAAGCUGCAUCCCCAGCCCUUUCACCUUUUCUUUGAAUGUAGUUCCCCGACCCUCAGCUCCCACCCCAGCGCUGGGAAAGCUCUGCCAGGUCUUGAUACUGCUGCUGUAAGCCAGGGAGGGUGGUUUCUUUGUUUUGUUUUGUUUUGUUUUGUUUAAAUUUCCAGCCAAAACCAAAGAUUUCUUAAUGAUUGUAUAAACUCAAAACAAACAAAAAAACCAAAGAAAAGGGAAGUCUUCAGCGUCAGUCCAGUCUGUGGCGUCCUGGCAUUUGGCGGAGGGAGGCCAGCAGGCGGGGCCCUCCGCAGGGGAGGCCGGGGGUCUGUGCCCCACGCCGGGGUCUACAGAGGUGCCUCCCAGGAGCUCUGGCUCUUUCAGCUGUGCACGUGCUGUGGAACACAUUGGCAUUUCAGAUAUUCCAAAACCAUAGACAAAACCCCGUCGCCACGAUUGUCCACGGACACUAACACGUCACACGGGAGCUUAGCGCGGCCGUGGACUCCACAGAGUGGGGGAGCUGGAGACGCUGGCGCACGAUUGGCGGCUCUGCUGGGUGCUCUGACCUCUGGGCCGUGAGGGGAACACACACCCACGGGCCCUUCUGAGCCUUUCUUCUCUUUUCCUGUACUGGAACUGCUUGGAAGUGGCUGUCCUGUUUGUGAGGAAACAUGCAGAACGAUGAUCGAGCUUGUCAUUUCUCCUUCUUGUGGUCGGUUUCUUUUUCAGCGCCACUGUGCAACUAUGCAUUGUGUUCACGACCUUUCGCUCUAGGCAGAUGCCUGUGACUUUUUAACUUGGGGGGUGGGGGGCUUGCAAAUGAAGGGACUUUUUACAUGGAUCUUUUUAAUCUCAGUUGAUUGGGGGAGGGGGUCUGGUUCUAGGGUCAUACAAGCUCUAUCCCAAAGCAAAAUCCAAAUGUUAAUAAUAUUAGCCUGAUGCAGAUACCAAAGAUGAUUUCUUUCCUGCAGAACCUUAGACUUGUGUAUUAAGUACGAUUACCCAGCACUUGCAUUAGUCUAACCUCAGUAAUUCCAAAGCUUAGAUGUAUAUUUUGGUAUAUUUCUGGGAUAUUAAAAAAAAUGUCGUUUAACUUCUUGUUUGUUUCAGUGUAAUGCCCUUAAAGUCAUAGCAUGAAAAUAACUGAACUGUCCUAUUCUUAGUAGUUUGAAAUAAUAGUAUUUUUGUAUGUUUGGGGUGUGUCUAUGUAUGUAUUGACAUAACAGUUUUCACUGCCUAGGUGUUCAUAAUAAAAAAGAAAAUGAAAACAUUCUGAGUGUACAUAAGAUUUAGUAAUAAACUUCCACUAGGUUCAAUUUGGGUUGCAUAUUCACUGAUUACUGUUCCCGCUGGAUAAAGAGACAGUGAUCGUGUUUUUUCUAAAGGUGUUUUCUUUCUAUCUUUAAAUAUCUUAACUCCCCCACCUUUUUCUUUUCUUCUUGUUUUUUAAAGAUAUUGAUUCAGGGGUGUUUUUCCACUGUUGUCAAGGGAGGGUCACAAGGGGAAAUUGACCCCUUGGUCUCCCAAAACUUUUUGUUUUAUGUACUUAACUUUAAAAUGUGAGUUUGAGUUCUCUUUUGUGGAAACUUAAGAUGUGGUGUAAAUGAUUCUCUCCAAACUUGUCCAGCAGCUUUACUGAGGCAGUGACAAUUCCUGAGUGGUUUAUUGGGAGUCCUCUGACAUUUCUCCGUAGGUGACUCUGCAGUCUGGGUGGCUGUUGUAUGGCUUCACUGCCCAGGGCACCCGGUUAGCCGUUUCCCCUCUGAUAGGAAUAUUUUAUAAGAAUCAGCUCAUAACUUGGAGUUCAGGACCUUGUUACCUGGGCCCUGGGAAACACACAUUUUCUUGGUUUUGAAAACCCGAAACACACGCAACUUUACAUUUAGGGGAAUUAGCUGGUCCCUCCCGAGGCCUGAGGAGGUGAUGGGGACUAUGAGUGGUGCUGUCUCUUUAAAGUGCCCUUUACAUGAUUCCCCCUCCUGGGGCUGCCUGCAGGGGGCUGCAGGCUUGGGAGAGGUUGUGUAGGUGACAGUGAAUCAGAAUGAAAUGAUAGAUUUUGUGUAGAUGCAUUUGUCUGCUGUAAUUUUUUAUAUAUAUUAAACUUACUGUAACUGUACAGUUCAUUUCUGUUGUAAAACAUCAUUAAACCAUUUUCCAAGUGUUU